CCUUUAUAUUUUUUUUCUCUCUCUCUCUCUCUUCUGUCGUGUUACUUGUUUCUAGUCUUUUUAUUAUUGAUAUUAUAAACAAGUGACAUCAUGUCAGAAUAUAAAUAUGAUGAAGAAGGGUUUAAUUUCUUUUACUUUUUGUUAUCAGUAUUAUCCUUAUGUCUAGUACCUGUCACUGGUCAUUCAAUCUAUUCAUUUUGGAAAUCUACUCGAAAAGCUAGUGACAAGGAAAUAUGUUAUUGUGGAACCUGUGUCAAAGAACGUGUCAAAACUCAAUCAACAAAACCAAACAAGAUCAAGCAAUCUGUUACUAGUUUCAAGUUCCUGUUUAUCGUUUUUGGUUGGAUUGCCGUAGGUCUCUUAGCCUAUCAAGUAUCACUAGCAGAACCUCCUAAAGCCAAAUGGGAUCCUUAUGAAAUUCUUGAUAUUAGUGAAGGUGCUACUCUCCCAGAAAUCAAAAAAGUAUAUAGAAAAUUGUCCUUGGUGUAUCAUCCUGACAAAGCUCCUGAAGAUAAACAAAAGGAAUAUGAAGAAACAUUUAUUCAAAUCAGCAAGGCUUACCAAGUAUUGACUGAUGAUGAUAUUCGCAAGAAUUAUGAACAAUUUGGUCAUCCUGAUGGUAAACAAUCUUUCAGUAUGGGUGUGGCUCUUCCUCGUGCUUUGGUUGAAGGUGGAAAUAGCAAAUUUGUAUUGGCAUUUUAUGCACUUGCUUUUGGUCUCGGUUUACCUUUCUACAUUGCAAGAUGGUGGAAUAAUUCCCGGCGACAAACCAAGGACAAGAUCUUGAAUGUCACCAUGGGUGUAUUUGUUAAAGGAUUGAAAGAAAACGAUGGAUUCAAAGAACUGAUCAAAGUAUUAUCCUCCGCAUACGAAUUUCAAGAAAAUGUCGGUGUACGUGCCAAUGAAGAUCAAAUCUUGAAAAAGGUAGAUCUUAUUAUUGUGGAUGAAUUAGAAAGUCGAUUUGGCGAAAAAUACGAACGCCUUGAUGAGUCCGUUCCUGUAUAUCGACGCAAGGCACGCACUUUAUUAUACGCUUACCUUCUUCGCAUUGAUUUGACUGCCAAGGCCUCUGGAGCUGAUAUCCUUUUGCAAGAUCAACAAUAUAUUGUCCAACGAUCAGUUCAUCUCUUACAAGGAUUGCUACAAAUUGCUACGGUGAAACAAUGGUUGAAUGUUGCUAUAUUGAUUAUGGAUUUGCAACAAGAUUUGUUACAAGCUCUUUAUCCUGGAGAUGCAUCAGUCAAACAGUUACCUCAUAUCAACAAUCAAUUAUUACGACGUUACUAUCGUAACAAGAAAAAGCAAAUCAACACUGUACAACAAUUACUGGAUCUUUCUGAAACAGAACGCAAAUCAUUGACGAAUCCUUUAACGGAUAGUGAAUAUUUGGAUGUUAUUGAAGUAGCUCAACGUGUACCUCGAUUAUCUGUAGAAAAGGCUCUCUUCAAAGUGAUUGGUGACAAGAUUAUCACGACAGGUGCGAUCAUCACCUUUGUAUUGAAAUUGAAGAAUGGUAAAGUGCAAAGUGUAGAAGCGGAAACAAAAAAGAAUGUCAAGGAUGAAGAAAGUGAGGAUGAAGACGAAUUUGAUGAACAAGGCAACACUCGUGCGAAGAAAGAGGAUGAUAGCGAUCCAAAGGGACGACUUCCAUUGGCACAUACACCAUACCAUCCUAACGAAAAGAAACCUUACUGGUGGAUCUUUUUGGGUGACCCCAAGGUGAAUCGUAUUCUUGUGCCUCCUCGUAAAGUGACUGAUAUUGUAGAUGAAAAGACGAUCCGAGUACCUUUUGCUGGUCCUCCCAAGCCUGGUACUUAUACAUUUUCGUUGUUUGUGAAAUCAGACACUUAUUGUGGAACAGACAUCUUACAAGACAUUCAAUUGACAAUUCAAGACCCUGCCGACUUACCUCCUGAAGAAGAAGUGGAUGACUCCAUCUCGGAACCGGAAGAAGACUCCAUUGCUGGCCAAAUGAAAUUGAUGCGUGAACAAGGUCUUGCCUCGGCUCUGGCGGGUGGAAAUACGGGUACUGAAGCCUCUGGACAAAAGAAGAAGGAUGAUGAUAGUGAUAGUGAUAGUAGUAGUGAUGAUGAUGAAUAAAUGCUUCUUUCUCCUUCUUUUUUUUUUCUUUUUUUAAUCUAUAUAUUAUUUAUUUCUACAUAUUGUGUUUAUAUCAUUGAUCAAUAAAAAGAACUGAAUACAUCAUAA